UCACCAUUCUCCCAGCUGUCAUCAAAUAAGACAAAUUCGUUGUUUGGUAGUGCUGGUAGCAACGAGAGCCCAUUUGCAAGAUUGUCUGGGUCUAAUGACAAAGAGCCAACUAAGACAAAGUCUCAGUCUCCUUUCAGUUCCCUGAAACCUGAAAGUGAUUCUUUCUUUGGGUCAUCUCAAUCUGCCCAAUCUUCCCCAUUCGACUCUCUAGGUAAUACUGGCGUAUCACCUCUAUUCAGUAAUGCACAGCCCUCGCAUUCGGCUACAGAUAAAGACAAAGUCUUUGACUUUGGCUCCGUUUCAGAGGCUGUUAAAGAUUCUUCUAAAGAAACUGGUGUAUCCGCAUUAGAUGUUUCGUCUAGUGAAGAAGAAAUUGAGGAUGAUAGCGAUUCUGACUCGGAUGAAGUCGAAAAGCAAGUUUCUAACAUUGCACCAACUGACCUUAAUCCGCUUGCGUCAGCUUCUGGUCCAACAAAUUUUGGAAACGCCGGGUUCAGUUUUAACAGUAAUGCUGGUGGUUUUGGUAGCACUGGAUUUGGAACUUCUGGUUUUACGUUUGGCGAUAAACCUAAAGAAACGACAUCAGCAGCAACUUCUGAUACGAAGCUUGAUUUCUCAAAUUCUGGAUUCGGUGCCUUUGCAGAUAAGAAACUAAAUUUUGGAGGAAAGAAUAUCUUUGAGUCAAGUGAUAGUGUAUCUGAACAAGUUCAUGAAUCACAUGAUGAACAGAGCUUCCAUGGCUUUGAUGAUCACGAAGAUGCUGACGAUAGAACACAGCAUAACUUUUCAGAUGAUAUUGACGGUGUUCAAGGCAUCUCUGGAGACGAUGUUGAUGCUGUUGAUGAUUCCAGUUCUAAUAUGGAAGACGAUAAUGGUGAAGAGGAUGGAUCAUCUGCUAAUGAAAGUGAGCUAACUGACAAUGAUUCUGAUAGUCAGAACAAUGAAGAAAGUGCUCACGCCUCAGUGGCUGCAGCUAUAAGUGAUGCAUAUCUCUCGUCAGAUAUCGUUCCUGUGGAAUCUGAUGUUGAUGAAGAAGCAUUAAUACAGAACAUCAAUGACGAUUUCGAAGUCAACGAUGAUGUUGAGGAUGCGGAAGCGUCAGAUUUGAGCGGCAUUACCCAAGACAUGUCACAACCGGAUGAGGUUGAGGAAUCUGAAGAAGUCCCGGAUGACAGUGAGACUCAAAAACGUUCGGACAUUGAGAAGAAAGAUGAUGAUGUCUCAAUAGAACCGGACCAAGUUAGCAGACACAAUAAAGCAACUCAGCCAGAUGUGAACUACGUUUCGGAAUCAAUUCAAACAGACGAUAAUACCAGAGAAGCGGAAAUUCAGGCCACAGUGCAGGAAAAGCAUAUCUCCUUACAAACAGAUCCAAUUGAACUUGUUGAUGUUUCCCAAGAUUUAUGCGAUGAUGAAGUUUACUUCGGCUCCUUCCAUCUUCCUAUCGAUAUCAAAAGCUAUGUUCAUGUUAAAGAUGUAAAAUAUCCAAAGUUGAGCUCUAAUGACCUUGAAAAAGAGAUAGAGUUGAUGUUUUAUGACACAGAAGCUGAGCUGAUGGUAGUAGAGGAGAACAUUCGCAAUUUGAACAGCUUUUUCUUGGAUCAUUGCAACAUUCCCGUUCAACAUACCGAGGUAUCUAUUGGGCACAGCAACCAAUGGAGGUUAUCGGAGGCUUAUAUCAUCAAUGACAUCUUGAACUCAACUGUUAAACAGUCAUCUACGAUAGCAUCUGAUACUAACUCAGACUUUGUUACUGUUGAUGAAGUCCGUUCAGGUACGAAGGUUAUCGAAGACCGCUGUCACAGGGUUGCUAAUAAACUUGUUGCCCUUGAAAAGCAAUAUGAUGUUCAACUGAAUGCCUCUAGGGAGCUUGAUUUUGAGCAACUUAUGCUGCAACAAAGAGUUAGAGAAUCAUUUGCUAAUACUUCGUCACAAUUACGUUAUGCCGAAACAAAGCUUUUAACUUUGAAAUCAAUUGCUAAUGUCUUUUAUGAUAAGAACCCUACACCAAAGGUACUUGGAGAUGUUAUUUGUCAGAUGGGCGUUGUCAGUUCUAAUUAUUCUACAGAUGUUCAAUCUUUGACCGAUGAAAUUGCAAAGAUGAACCUGAACCAUUCCAAGAUCCUGGGGGAGCUGCAAAAAGGCAAAUCUAAACUUUUUGAUCAGCAUCAACAUGAGGAUAGAUCCAUGUUAAAGAUAAAGAUUGAUGAUUCUGACAGGAAGUUUUCCUCAUAUCAGUCUAUUGUCCCAUCUCUCAAAGAGAGAACUGUUGAUGAUGUCACAAAUGUCUUCUGA